CAUAUAACCCCCCUCAUGACCACCACCACCACCACCACCACCACCACCAUUACACUUGGUUGUUCUCACAUAUUACAUAGCAUGCUCAUGCAUUGCCACAAUAUUCCGUAUCACCCCAACAACAUGAUACAACCUCAACCUCUCAACUCCACCUUUUCUUCUAACCGCCUCACCCUCGCCGGAGACUCCUUAUCCGGCCGCCUCUUUCUCUUGCAAGAUGUCCAGGUCUUGGAGAUUCUCCUUGCUGCUAUGGUAUUCGUAACCAUCCAUUCCAUGAGGCAAAAGAAACGCUAUGGCUUGCCCGUCUGGCCUGUCCUUGGAAUGUUACCUUCCCUGGUCUUCACGGGGCUCAGAACCAACUUGUAUGAAUGGGUCACUGAGGUCCUGAGCCGGCAAAACUGGACCUUUCGGUUUAAAGGGCCUUGGUUCAGCAGCCUCAACUGCGUGGUCACGUCUGAUCCUCGCAACUUGGAGCAUCUUCUCAAGACCAAGUUCCCUCUUUUUCCCAAAGGAACUUACUUCAGGGACAAUCUGAGGGACCUUCUUGGAGAAGGGAUUUUCAACGCUGAUGAUGACACAUGGCAGAGACAGAGGAAAACAACGAGCAUUGAGUUUCAUUCUGCAAAAUUCAGGAACAUGACCACGGAGUCAUUGUUUGAGCUCGUCCACUUGAGGCUGUUACCUGUGUUGGAAGCAUCGGUUGAGAAGUCCAGGUCCAUUGACUUGCAAGACAUCCUAUUGAGGCUUACGUUUGACAACGUGUGUAUGAUAGCUUUCGGUGUUGAUCCAGGAUGCUUGAGCCUAAAUCUACCUGAAAUCCCAUUUGCUAAAGCUUUCGAAGAUGCAACGGAAGCUACGGUGCUUCGCUUCGUCACACCAACAUGGGUGUGGAAAACCAUGAGGUGUCUCGGCCUGGGGAUGGAAAGAAAGCUGAGGAAUUCGAUAAAGAAGGUGGACGAAUUCGCAGAGAAUGUGAUAAAGACAAGGAAAAAGGAGCUGUCUUUGCAGCGUGAGGAGGAGAAUAAGAGGUCAGACUUGUUGACAAUAUUUAUGGGGCUGAAGGAUGAGAAAGGAGAGGCAUAUUCAGACAAGUUCUUGAGAGACAUAUGUGUGAACUUCAUAUUAGCAGGGAGGGACACAUCUUCAGUGGCACUGAGCUGGUUUUUCUGGCUGCUUCAUGAGAGUCCUGAGGUGGAAGAGAAGAUAGUGCAAGAGAUUUGCAAGAUAAUUAGUGAGAGGGAAGAAGAUGAGGCGGUGAAUAGGAAGAAGGAGGAGGAGGGACAAGAGUUGAGAUUUAGAGCAGAAGAGAUUAAGAGGAUGGAUUAUUUGCAGGCUGCUCUUUCUGAGUCACUCCGAUUAUACCCUUCCGUCCCUGUGGAUCACAAGGAGGUAGUUGAAGACAACACAUUCCCAGAUGGAACAGAGCUGAAGAAGGGCACCAAAGUCAUAUACGCAAUUUAUGCAAUGGGGAGAAUGGAAGGCAUAUGGGGAAAAGAUUGCAGAGAGUUCAGACCAGAGAGGUGGCUCAGAGAUGACCGUUUCAUGAGUGAAUCUGCUUACAAGUUCACUGCCUUCAAUGGUGGCCCUCGUUUGUGCCUAGGCAAAGAUUUUGCUUAUUACCAGAUGAAAUAUGUUGCUGCCAGCAUCAUAUAUCACUACCAUGUGAGGGUGGUUCAGAAUCACCCUGUGCUUCCCAAGCUUGCAUUAACUAUGUACUUGAAGCAUGGCUUGAGAGUUCAUCUUGAAAAGAGGGAUGUCACGGGGAUUCGGAAACAUUUCUCAGAUCAGUAAAAAUUGAACCCAUCAUGGACUGGCUCGCUAGGGUUUAUCAAGUAUUCUACGUGCCUUAAUUAUUUUUCCCUCUUCAUGUUUCUGAUUCAUAGGUACUUGAAGGGCGCGUUGUGCAGAGUGAUGAAGGAAAAUGGUUGUAUUUACUAUUGUGUUCUAGGGAGAUGAAGUUAAAUAAUGUUCAUGUUGAAUGUGCUGCUGAAAAAUUGGGGUUACGAAUCAUAUUGUCAAUAAUAUAUUUUCUUUGCUUGUCAGUA